AUGCUUGAGCGGAUCACUAGCAUGCCAUGGUACAAAAUACCAACUAUUCUACAAAGUAUUGACAUGAUUGAAUCACCAACUCACUCGGUUGAUAAGUCACUUCGUCUUCCUCUUCAGGAUGCAUUCAAAAUUGGUGGUAUUGAUACCGUUCCGGUUGGCCGUGUUGGGAUUAACUGCUAUAAUUGUAUAGAAUAUGGCAAUGAAAAUCAAAUCCCCACAAAUUUCAAUCAAACACCACCACCACCACCUUCUUUUUCUUCGUCGUCUCAGAUGCCACCCACAGCAAUGGGCGCCAGGACAAGCGCUCCAACACAACCUUCCAACAACUUAGCCACUUCCAGCCAGCGCGUCUCCAUACCAUCGUCUCAGGAGUCGACUGUUCCCGCCCAACAACCACCAACAUCUUUCGCCUCCUACUCUGCGGUUCCCUUCCCAACCCCCGCACCUUCUAGUAGCAAUGCAUUUGCCCCAUCGCUUCCACAGCAAUAUCCCCAGCCGGUUAUGAUGCAAGCACAACAGUAUAAUCAACAGCAUCAACAAAUGCCUCCUCCUCUUUCAGCUCCUUUCUACCCUCCGCCCACCAUGGCCACGAGUCCAAUGAGUUAUGUUGAUGAUAGCAAUGGUAACUCACAGGUGUUACCGAAUGAGAGAUUUCAAGCAUCACCACAACUGCCACAAUUGGAGAUGGUGCUUACCCUUUAUCCAUUCACUAAAAAUCAAGUCGAAGAGCUUUCUUUCAAUGCGGAUGAAGUCCUCGAAGUCCUGGACAAACCUGUUGACGAUCCGAACUGGUGGCGUUGCCGCAACUCAGCAGGGAAUGUCGGUCUGGUCCCAAAGAAUUACAUCCGUAUAAUUCGCAAUACUGCUCCUCCCAUGUCCCAUCAUCAUGCUUCUCCUCCAUUAGUGUCGUCGGCGUCAGUUCAACCCGUGUCAAUGCCACCUUUUCAGCCGAUGCCAAUGAUUGAUCCGCGUGCUGAGGAGGUGCGAAGGAAUUUUCUGAGGGGCUCCCCAAACGCUUCCCGAUUCGCCAAUCAGCCCUGGUACUGGGGCACAAUCUCCCGCUCUGAGUGUGAAUCCCUCCUCACAAACUUGGGUUCUGAUGGCGAAUUCUUUGUCAGGGAUAGUGAGACUCAUGUAAGUCCAAAUCAAUAA